AUGGCUGGAAUUGACCAUCGAACGCAUCGUCGACAAGAAGUGCUUGACAUUCUGGACAUCUGCUACAGAGUAUUUGACUGUGCAGCGUCACUGAUUAAUCGGCGUCCCGAACUCCAAUCCGAGCUGCGGCGAACAUUUGCCGUACAUAAAAUGUGCGUUGCUGAUGCGGUUACUGAGCUGAACAAUCCAUGUCGCACCCCACAUUUGGGUUCGGAAGAUAAAGAAACCCAUCACGCCAAUCAAAUCGCGGAGUUCAAUCUCUCUCCAUACAGUGCCUUCACACCAAUCCGAUCCAUAUUGCACCGAUUCAGCAGCAACACCGCAUAUGAAUCGCAUCCAACUUCAGUCGAGUCAUGCUUCGGUGCUCAUCAGAACCACAUUCCUACAGCGGAUUCAAUAUAUAACGACUCAAUCCCGAAGGAUUAUUCACAUCACAUACCUCUUCCUUUUCGCCCAUCUGGCGACCUUGCCUCCACACCACUGACAUCUGCACACAGAGUCGUCGACCAGAGUGAAAUUGACUCCGGAAUAUCUGCGUGUAUUGCACACGGCACCAAUUCCGUUACCCCAAGGCUUUCAAACGACAGUGAGCACAAGUCAGACAUAUGGAGACCUUAUUUGAACUAA